AUGCCGCCUAGACAAGACUCCCAUGGCUGUGGUUCUCAUUCUGAUUCAGUGACCCGAGUGCAUCUUGUUCCACCUAUUGUAGACCCUAGUCCUGACCCCAUUCCGGAGGUCCUUGUUCCACCCCCUGUUGAUCCUAUUCCUCCGCCAGAGCCUAUAGUACCCGUGCCCGAGGUUCCUGCUCCUGCAGUUCCUGUGCCUCCACCUGAGGCCAGUGUUGCCCCUCCCAUGACUACCAUUCGAGACUUCGUGAAUCAUUUCGACCAGAAGUUCUUCCCUGAGCACAUUCAGGAGCAAAGAACCUUAGAGUUCGAGACAUUAGUCCAGAGUGAUAUGACAAUGGUGCAGUACGAGGCCCGCUUUGUUGCUUUGUCCAGCUUCGCGACUUACUUGGUGGAUGAUGAGAGGCGGAAGGGUCGCCGUUUUGUGAGCGGCUUGCGUCCCGCUCUUGGGAGUAGAGUAGUUGGGCAUCUUCUUACUACUUUUACUGAGGUCGUACAUAGGGCCUUGGUUUAUAAGGAGGAUUGGGCUACGUCUCGGAGGUCUAGAGAGCAGAGCGGGGACCGAAAGAUGAAGGCACCUUCCGGUAGCUCCCAUCAGCAUCAACGUCGUUGGCAUAGGGGCCGUACAGGGUUUCGACGGCCAGCAGCGCAGCCAAUGACAUCUUCUUCCUAA